CUCCCGCCAACGGCAAAAUCAAGAAAAAAGUGAACCUGAUUUACGGGACCGUGUUCUCCGAACCGACCAUUACUGGAGUCAUGAACCCCGACGGCCCCGAUCCAGCUGCCCCAGACAGAGCGCAGAGCUAUAUUGCCCAUGUUGCGACGCGAGCCCUCAUCUUCAUUGAAGCACCUAAGCCUGUUGGUACAGCAGAUAUCUCAACUUACGAGGUCACCGUCAAUCCGAGUGAUACCGUGUCUAUAGGCCAGGAGAUCGAGAUGUUCCAUCACGGUCGAUCAACGCCCUGUCUUCUCUUCUGGAAUGGCGUCAAUUUCACUUAGGUGACGGAUGCGUUUCAAGGUGUGAGCAGGAAGACUCUUUCCUUAUGGGGUGCUUUUGCGCAUGUUUCGACUGCAUCGGAUACGCGGAAGUGUGACAUGGUUAUGGGGAGGAUGCUCGUCAUGAUAGUUCACACCGCCAGGAUGAUUACUCCCAAGGAUUCCCAGAGCGUCAUCAUGGUGGUGGAUAUAGUCAUCUUUAUGGCCGAGCAUACGGGGGCCAUUAUGGGCGAGGGGGACAUGGUAGUUACCAUAGGAGCGGUUACCCUAGGUAUAGCUAGAUUGAAGUAGAUUUUCAAGGAUAAUGCGUAAUGGCAUCUAAGUUGGGCUAUGAUUGCAUGAUGAGAACAUAGAAA